UGCGUGAACUGAAGCAUCCAGCAUCCGACGGAAAGAAAAUCAACAAGAAACAGGAGCCCAGAACAUCUCAGCAUCAAGCACAUGAGGCCUGAGGAAUGUAUGUAUCCCACCGCCCAGGCAGUCUUUCCCAGGGAAACUGAAGGACGGGGGAGAGAGAUACCAGCACUCAGAACACUCCAGGAAAGCAGUGUUGGGCGGCAGGCGGCCGGGAGGAAGAGUCCACUCAACUCACAGCAGUGUUAGUAUACGCUCAUCAUGAGACUCCUGUGGACCCUCCGGUGGAUUCUGGUAACCUUCCUUCUCCCUGGCAGUGGUGGACAGAGUGGAGAUCAUGACGGAUUCCAGCUCGAUCCCGGGGAUUUGCUCUUCGCCCUGCCGUUGAAUGACUCUGCUGUGGCUGACGGUGUGGCUGAAUUCAUCUUGCAGGACCAGGAGGAAGUCUCCAACACCUGUUCCAUCACCCUGCUGACCCGCUCGGUGACCAGGGAGCAUGAGGCAACCCACCCGGCUACUCAAGAGGACCUGGGCCCGGUAAAGGGGCUGAUGGACGGCACAAGCUCCAGCUUGGAAAGUCUGGUGGUGGCGAUGAAGGAGGAGAUUGGGAAAGGGAGCUACCAGUCGGUGAUCUCGAAGACCCUGUUGGACAUCAAGCUACAGAAUGAGGAGUCCAACAAUAUCAUGGCGGAUAUUGGGGCGAGCCUUGAGGCACAGUCCUCAGCAGACAGCCAUCUCACAAAGUUCAAGGAGAAGGUGAGGAAGAUGGAAGCAAUGCUUCAGACCAUCCAUUGCCUUGCGAGCCAAGUAGAGCAGGCGUCAGAGGUUCUGGCCAUGGAACUGAGCCAAGACCUGGGAAAGUCACGCCAGCUGGAGACUGGUCUUGGCCAGAAGAUGUACUGAGAGGACCCCUGCUCCCUGUCACUGGUCGCCCACACUCGCUCUACUCCAGGCAGGGACUGGCACUUGAGAAGCAAGUGGUUUCGGCUUUCAAACAAACAGGCAAAAUAGAUGUCAACACCUCCCGGAAAUGUUUAGAAGCCAAUUUAUCAGCUUUGCAAUGAUGAAGACUUCAGCAAGUGAUGAACUCUGUAAUGCAACCCCACUUGGAUCCCAAACUGAAACAUCACCUAUACGUUUUCUCCAGAGAUGCUGCCUGUUGUUGUUACUCCAGCAUUUUGUGUCUUUCUUUGGUAUAAAUAUGCAUCUGCAGAUUCACCUGAUCCUGUCCCAUGCUGUGUAAAGAACUGAGGUGAGGCUUCCCACAUCCAAUCACACUCCACUCACACUCCACUCCCACUCUACUCCCAUUCCCACUCCACUCCUACUCCCACUCCCACCCACUCCCACUCUCACACCACUCCCAUUCCCACUCUCACUCCAACUCCCAUUCCCAUUCCCUCCCCCACUCCCACUUCCACUCACAUUCCCACUGCCACGUCACUCCAAACUACUCUACUCUCAUUUCCACUCCCAAGUAGAGAUCAGAGGCCUGAUAUUCAAUGAGGAGUAAUCCCGAAUUCUCCACAAUCCGAUUCUUUGCAAUCGACCGGACACCAUCACACCCAUUCAUUAUGGGGACUAACCCACUAACUAAGUGAAAUGGCAAGAUUUCACACACUUAUGACUCAAACCCAAUGGGCUGAAUUAGUCAGUCCAUCAAAUGUCCAUGAAUGCAGAGCAGUUUCCCAUUAGUAGAGCCAAAUCUCUGGGCAGAAAUGUAUAAAAUGACAGCAUUUAAGAGGUAUCCAGAUGACCACUUGAAUGUCUCAGGCAGGCAGGGAUAUGGACCAAAUGUUGGGAGGUGGAGUUAGUAUGGAAGGGUGUGCAUUGAUCAGCAUGAAUGAGUGGGGCAAAAUGGACUGUUUCCAUGUGUACGUAGGAACUACAGAUUAUGGUUUAUACCGAAGAUAGACACAAUGUGCCGGAGUAACUCGGCUUGUCAGGCAACAUCUCUGGAGAAAAAGUAUGGGUGGUGUUUCGAGUCAGAAGAAGGGUUCCGACUUGUAAUGUCACCCAUCCUUUUUCUCCAGAGAUGCUGCCUGACCCACUGGCCCAUUUCCACACUAUGAUUUUAAAAUCCCAUGAAAAUGGAAGCUUUAAUUUGCAAAAGCAAUGAUUCUUCCAGAAUGAUUUGUAAAAAGUGUUUAUAAAUAGGAUGGCCAGGGUAACUUGGGUUAAGAGGCCAGGCUUCCCACUCUAUUCCUGUGGUGAAUCUGACCCUGUGUGGAGAUGGGACCCUCUCCCGCAGUUCGUUCCCAAGAGACUGGAGAUAUCCCAGAUAGACACAAAAUGCUGGAAACAAAGAAACAUA